AUGACGACGUCAAAGCCUCACACUGAGCCUUUCUGGCUUGGGUACGUAUUGGAUGCUCUGCUCGCUCGUCACUGUGAAGCAACAACUUACACCAAGUUGUCUAUUCAGCGGCGCGGCGGCAUGUACGGCCGUGUGUUUCACCGCAUGCAGGUCCUCAAGUCCAGCAACUCCAUGCUGAGUACAAUGUACAGAUUUGGCCUCCGAGACGGUAUCCCCUCAUUAUGGGGCGGCCUAUCGGCGUCUAUUUUACGACAAGGCACAUACUCAACUGCCCGAUUUGGCUUGCAUAAUUAUCUUUCCUCGCGGUUGCUCCAUACGUCCGGGAGGGACAGGCUUCCGGCAUCAUGGAAUAUUGCUUGCGCGGGGGUUUCCGGUGGAAUUGCCGGGUUGAUUGGUAACCCUACUGAGAUUGUUCUUGUCCAUGUGUCACAGAUCGCAUCCUACGCGUCCGCAAAGCAGUCUCUGCUGGCAUCGAGUAACAUGUCGGACAACGUCACCACCCACGUCCUUGCUUCGUUGAUGGCAGGAACAGUAGCCACGACACUCUGUGCUCCUGCAGAUGUUUUGAAGAGCCGGAUGCAGUCGAGUGCUAGUGGAGAUGCAAGUUCAUUCUUGUUCGGCCAUUGUUCGUAG